AUGGGUCUUGGACACUUGCUUAAGAAUUAUGCGGAAGGCGAGGCCGAGCACGUUUUCGGAGAGGCAGUAGACGAAGGUGGAAAAAUCGAAGGCCAUAUCAAAAAUGCCAUCAACGAUGUGAAGGGAUGCUGGGACGAGGGUGUUUGCCAAGAAGAGCAUGAGCAUGGCGAGGAUUGCUGCCCACCAUGCGGUCAUACCCAGAUCGACCAAAAUUGCGAGGUGUGCACCGAGUAUGAAUCUUCCUGGACCGGUGGUGGAGGAUCUACCCUUACACAACCAUCUUGUGGUCACUCGGAUUAUGAUGAAGAUUGCGAUACUUGCACUGAGCAUGUUCAGACACAUUGGGAUCAGUCAGGACCAAAUGCUCCAACUUGUGGCCAUGAAGCUCCCGAAGAAGGAUGUGACCAGUGCGAUCAACUUAAGGGCCAAUGCUGGGGUGGAGGCGCAGAUGAAUCUGCAUGCGGUCACCAACAGUACGACGAAAGCUGUGAAGAGUGUAAUGCGAGCUGGCAGUAG